AAUGAUGAUAUAAAACCAAGAAAAAACACAAAUUUCUCAGUCUCUCUUGGCAUUGGAACAGUGAAGACAACUUUUUAAAGAGAAGAUUUCUGUUGAUUUACGGAGUGCCGUCAUGCGCGUGAAAGGCCUUGUUGCUAUUUUGGUUGCUCUUUUGGCAUUAAAGCUGCCAGGCAACUUUCUUGCAGUUGCAGCUGAUAAGGAUAUUCUGGAUAAGACAAAUGAAGGAAUAGGUACUGGAAGCAGCCUUGUUGAAGUUCUUAAGCUUGGCAAAAGCGAAGAAUCGAAGGCUUUCAAAAGAUUGACAAAGAUGUCAGCUUAUUUGGGUGCUGUAGGUGGGGUCAUCUCACUUGUAUCUGCAUUUCUGCCAGAAGAAGAAUCGGCUGAGCUGCAAUUCAUGAGAGAAAAGUUUGAAGAGGUCAACCAGAAGCUUGAUACCGCCUUGGAAAAGUUGGACCAGCUGCCAAAUCUAAUCGGAUUAAUGGUAGAAAAAGCGAAAUUUUCUCCAUACGAACAACAAAUUAUUUACGGAUAUAAACAAUUGCAGACCUACGUUAAAGAAAUGCAGCUCAUCAAAUGUAAGACCGAAAAAGAAUGCAAAAAACUGAAAAGCAGGGUAAUUGCUAGGUACUUGAAAAGCUUUGAUGUUAAAAGUGCAAUGUUAGCCAUAGUUAACGGAGCAACAGGAACAACAUCAGUUUUCAGUAAAUCGUUACUUGAUGUGAUUAAGACAACGCAUAAGUGUGAUGUGCCUAAAAUUCAAGGCUUUGCGAAUGGUAUACUUCGACUGGCUUACAAGGCACAACAGGCUAUUCUUGCUUACGAAAAACUAGCAGGAACGAAACACAGCAUAACUUUGAGCUUAAAAGACUGGCUGAACCUGGUCUAUCAACUCAGAAUAAAGACAGCAAACACGGUUCUUGAAUGCUAUCGUAAUAUCAAGUAUCACAUUUUGAAGGACAUCAAGGAUGCGGAAUAUCAAAAAGGAGAGAAUUCUGUUCAGAGAUCCUCAACCAUUGCUACAGAACUGAAGAAGAAGAUGGAAAAAAAGUACUCUUGGCUUGACUGGGUAACUGUUGUGUACAAAGAUGAUGGUAGCAAAUACCACUGUGUGCGAAAUGAGCUUGGAAAUGCUUGGUCAAGUGGCAAAAGGAAUGUCGUUGCGAUGCCCGUUGAAAAAAGUGGCACUUUCUCAGACUUGCGAAAUAAGGUUGAGAAUGCCAUAAGAUCUGCUCUUUAUUUUCGAAAGGUUCCCAGGUAUGCUUGUCAGCUGCAUGCACGAAUAAUGGAAGCUCUCUCUGCAAGGGGAUUAAGGAACUAUAUUUCCAAUUCUGUUACUCUUGUGUACGAUAGAUACCACCAUGUCGUGGGGGCAGGAAAGCAAAGUACCUAUAACAACCUUUACUUGCAAAAGUUGGUGUAUGGUUAUGAAAUUGAUUUUAUCAAACUUUUCAGUAGGUAUCGUAGAGAGGACAAGCCAAAGCAUUUUAAUGCCCGUUUUGUAUUCACGUUAAAUUCGAUUGAGAGAGUUGCAAACAAACCGUGUAAUGACAAGGAGCGUUGCAAUGGCAAUGGAAUAUGUCAAACUCGUCCGUUUAGUGCUGAAACAUACUGCAUUUGCAAAGAGAGCUAUCAUGGGGAAAAGUGUGAGACGCGUUCAACUGAAGAGCUGGCUGCCACCACAGACGCUCUCCUCGACGUGACGUUUCAGCUACCAACAAUGACAGAUAUUCAGUUUGACAUCAAAGAUCUUCGAGAGUUUGUUGGUGUUGGGUUCGGCAGCAUUCUUGCUUCUAUAAAACGACUAGAGGCAACUGUGAUAAAGACAUCGGAGAGCAUAAAGAAAGAAAUGGCACGUGGAUUCGAUAUGGCUAACCUUGUGACCCAAUACAGUGAUACGAUUUUCGACAUAGAGUACUAUGAUAAUCAGCUGCAAGUUGCCUCGCGAUACUCAGCUAACAUUACAGAAGUGGAAAAGAUGGAAAAAAGAAUCGCUGAAAAAGUACUGGGUGUUGAUAGAAUCGAGUAUUGGGUGUAUAAAAUUGAUUCAUUAAUACGAGGCAGAGAAGCAGCUGUGGGAAGUCAUAAACCGUUGCUUGUCUUAUUCAUCGAAAAGUAUGGUAAAAAAUCGUGCACCCAAGAGUACAAAAAGGCUGUUGAUAAUUGCUGGAGAAGAAUGUUCCUUUUACAAGAGCGUGGCUUUCUACUCUGGGCAAGAGCCAGAGAAUUGAUGGGUCAUGGAAGCAAAGAAAUAAUAAAAAAAUACAAAGAAAGAACCAAGCAGCAAGUGCAUAUUCUACGCAAUCAAAAAACCUGUAGCUAUGUGGUGCCUGGAUCGGAUAACAUCAGAUGUACCAAAGGUAUGCUGCUUCCCGCAGGGGUCGUUCUCAAUAACAACUGCAUGAAAGGAUACUACAAUACAGGUUUGCCUAAUGCUUCAUGUGAAAACCGAGUGGCAUCUUGCAGCCGUGAUUGUGUUUGGGGUGAGUGGUCCCAGUUCACUCAAUGUGUCUGUGGCAACAAUCAACAUGCAUAUCGUACGAGGUUGAUAGCAAAGGAACGUGUUGGGCAAGGCAAGCUUUGCACAGGCCCUUCAAUGUUUUCAAACAGAUGCUUCAUAAAAUGUUGUAGCAACGAUUUUGAUUGCAAGAAUGGCAAACGACAUCGAUGCAUUCAUUCUAGUCUUGCUUGCAACUACAUCAAUGAUUGUGGUAACCGCCUGGAUGAGCAAAAGUGCAAUGAAAGGCAUUACUAUGGAUUUGCAGAAGGGUUCCAUUUGGACAGAUUUUCAAAACGGAAAUACUUUUACCCAAAAGUGUCCUGCAACCAUGGCGGAGUGUUGUCGUAUUUUAGUCUUGAGCGGAAGGAGAGAGAUGAACCGUACCGUAUGGUAUACACUUGUAGAAAACUUUUCAACGAAAGAGAUGUGUGCCAUUUUUCAGGACGGCAAGAGGUUACAGGCUUCAACUUCAAUUGUGGGCAUGGAUUUAUGUCGGAAUUUCAACUUGUGGCAGAUGACGGGGAUUUCAAAUCUUACUACAAAUGCUGCCGGCCGAAAAGUCAUUAUGGAAAUCUGAAAUGUGUUCAAGGAAAAUCGAAGUUUGCACGUGCAAAAGACUUUCUAAAGGCAAAAGUUGUUUGCUUUGGGCGCUACUUUCUAUCUUCUUUUAGAAAGGUCUACAACACAGACAAGACACAGGCGCAAUAUCAUUAUCGAUGCUGCAAGAUAGCAUGAGAGAAACCCCAAACUGUUUGCUGAACAUUAACAUCCAAUUUUUUUAACAUUUUUUGUACCUUUACAACUUUCAACAUUGAUUUCUGGUUGUGCAAGUUUUCACAGCCAAUUUUUUAUUAUUUUUAGACUUUGAUGAUGUAAUUUGUUUUAUUCUUGACACUUUAAAAGCAAUGUUUAUUUAUGCUGAGUAAUGUAGCAAGUAUUUAGAGCUUCGUAUAAAACCCAGUUGAAAAAUUGUCAUGCUUCUUGUUGAUCAAAAUAAGGUCAAUGCGCGAAGGAUUGAUUCGACGAUUCUUAAACUUGAACAUAAAAAUAUACUAGAAAGAGUUUCAAUAUGCAUGUAAUGGGGUUUUGCAAAAAUUCUUAGAGCAACAAAUUGAUUUUUAAGUAAAUUUUGAAGAUAAACAUAAAAAAUGUCAUUGGUCUAGAAACAUAGCCUAAUUUCGACAAGUACAAGAAGAACGGAAACAAUACUUAAAAUUAACUAUAAGGACAUCUGGUUGAUUCUUAAGAGAAGAAAUUCAAUCCUGUUGGCUCUCUCCAACUACCUCCAACAAAAAACCCGUCUAUAUGUCGCAUUUUCAUAAAUAAACAGUCAAUGACCACGUACAACCUCAUACCAACGACGCUUAGGUGACCAACAAUCAUCUAGCACUUACUUCAAUACCAGUUUUUAAUAGCAAUACAACUUUAUCAAAUGCCAUCUUUGACUAUAUCAUCCUGUUAGGUUGAAUAUAAUUUGUAUUGCUGUCCGCUUAACUAUGUUAUAAGAUAUUUUAUUGCCAUUUUGCUGUCUCAACUGAA